UCCAUUAAAAGUUGAAGAAAAAAAGAAGCACAGAGGAAGUGACAUGGAAGUAUCAGAAAACAUACAUGAUGCUGCGGCUGCUGGAUUAAUUCCACAAAGACAGAAUGGAAAAACUGAUAACGAUCAAUUGCCUAUUACAGAAAAUAAAGAUUCUGAUAUGAGGGAACCUGGUUUACAUAUGAAGAAGUUAAAGAAAGGUGAAAAUGAAAAAGGGACAUCAAAAGGAUCUGUGAUCACACCAGUGUUGCAGAAGGCAGAUUCCCUAACUGGUGGUCCACUACAAAAGAAUGAUGGCAGCCAUUCCAGUGAAAAGGAUCAGCAUGAAAACAGACCUGCAAAGAAAAUUUCUAAGAAAAAGAACAAGGUCAAAAAGCAAAUUACUUCUAUGGAUGAUCUUGUCGACUUCAUUCAGUCAUCUGAAGCAGCUUCAGAGCAUUGUGAGUUGCCUUACUCUAAGAAUUUCAUGUUGCUGAUUGAACAACUUGGCAUGGAUUGUAAAGAUUAUGCUGGCUUCUUGAAAAUCCAAGAUAUACGUGUUUCCUACGAGAAAUUAAGGAAACUUAACAAAAAUCACUGUAAACUUCUUAUGGGAAAAAUGACAAAAAUGGAAAAAAUGGUUAGUGCACUACAAAACGAGCUACAAGAAACCAAAGACAUGAUAUCACGGUUAGAGCAUCAAAAAGUUGAAUGGGAAUGUGAAUUCUGCAGUUUGAGGGGUUAA